GUGGCGCCGCGCUACUUUCAGGAAACCGUUGUGAAAGUAAACAGCAGAUCAUCAAGCUGGACAGUGUGCCGAAGCGCUGACCAGUAAUAAAGAGGGGCUACAGUGUCACACACGCGGACAUGGAGACGAGUGCUUACGGUGCAUCUCUGGCCGGCGGAGCCUUUGAUUUGUGGAGCUUUCUGAGACGACCGCAGACUAUCGUCCGGCUGCUCAGCUGGCUCUUCUCCAUAGUGGUGUUUGCUACCAUCCUUUCUGAAGGCUACAUGAAUGAUGAGCAUGUAGACGUCACUAAAUGCAUGUUCAACAAGAAUGACGGUGCAUGCAGCUAUGGCAUUGGCAUCGGAAUUUUAGCUUUCCUGGCCUGUGUUGUCUUUUUUGUGCUGGAUGCCUACUUCCCCCAGAUAAGCAACGCCAACGAGAGAAAAUACAUCGUCUUGGGCGAUCUUGGCUUCUCUGGUGUGUGGACGUUCCUGUGGUUUGUGUGUUUCUGCUUCCUAGCUAAUCAGUGGUCUCACACUACUCAGACAGCAGUGAUAGCUGAUGCAGCUCGAGCUGUGGUGACCUUUUCCUUCUUCUCCACUGGCACCUGGGCCGUGCUUACUGUGUUUGCAUUUCAACGAUACCGCCAAGGAAUGGGCGAGGUUGGUGUAGGCUACAAUGAUCCAGCCGGUGACCCUACUUCCCCGUACCCUUCUGCGUAUGCUGGUGCUCCGGAGAGUUACCAGCAGUCCCCGUUCACUGCCAGCUCUGCAGGACAGGGAGCGUAUCAGCCUCCAGAUUACUGAGGGUGGAGGCAUUUUAACGCUUCUGAGAGGCUCGCCUGUGUUUUUUCCCUCUCCAUAACCGUUUAAAGUGUGACCAGGGAUUCGGUGCGCUUCGCUAGUGUGUAUUUUCAUGUUUGGAAAAAGUUAUUUAUUUUUAUCUUGUUUUUGAUGCCAAUUCUAAACAUAACCCUAAGUGUAGAAGAUCUUUGCACUUCUGCAGAAUUAUCUUGCUGGUUUAUUUAAAAAAAAAAAUUCUCCAAAUUAGUUUCUGAAAAACCGAUUCAACACCAGCUGCAGUUUGUACAUUUAUGAAGUAGAUGGGAUUUGCUUUAUUCCAUGUCUUGAAUGCACAUGAUGCAUGAAAAUCUACAGAACUGAUGUGCCUUAAAGGUAGAGUCGUUUCCAUACAGAACCGAAAUCUAGACGAAGUUCCUCAUAUGCAGAUAAUAGAAAGUGAACAGACUCUGUGCCAAAUACAUUACCACAACUGAGUAAGUCCUUAAAAGCACUGCUUCGCCAUAUAUCACAUUUGUUAAAAAGUAUGCACUAAAUCUAUUGCCAAAUGGCUUUUUUAACUGCUAACUUCAGGCUUGAGUCUAGUAAAGAUAACUGAUGAAUAGUUAGAUUGAGAUUGUGAGAUGCAAUGAAAUGAGUAAACUACUGUAAAUGUGCUUUAAUUUCAUUUUUGACAGACAAUAGGCUUCAUGUGGAUAAUAAGCCUUAUUUUUGUAAACUUUAAGCACCUGAGUUUUGAAGUAUUAAACAAUCAUAUAAUGUAUUAUUGUUGAUGACUUCUAGCAGAUUAGCUUUAAAAUGUUCUUUUAUGUCGGGCCAAAUUCACUGCAAGAUUUCUACCUCUUACUAUUGAAGUUGUGCCUUAUUUUGAAAAGAAUAUCUCGGAAUCGACUUUAAUGUCAAGGAAUUGUAUUUCUGCAUUGACUAUUUUAGACCACUUUUACUGUUUUCUUCAUUUCCCGCAAAUCAAUAAAAGAAAAACUAGAAUAUAUAAAUAAUAAUCAUCUGAAGUUGGCCACUGAAUUGAAACUCUUUUCAAUAUGGUAGUUUCGUUGAAGGUAGGGACAUUUCCUUUACACAGGUCUGUAAGAGCACAAAAUCAUUGUGUCUUAUUUCUCAUUUACUUUGCAACUGUUUUUGUAACGGGAGGUAUUGCAACAUUCUCGUUUUUGUAAGGAAAUGCUGCACAAUAAACACUUGAUUCUUUCCAGUGUUAACUGAUA